UGACGAGGGAGGGUGGGGUCGGGUUUCCUAGCCUUGUGUGACUUGGGUUCCGUGGGGUGGCGGUCGGCCAUCCUAUCGCUGUUGCUGGAGCGCGCGUACGAUCUUGUUGAUACCUUGUGGGCAUCACCGAGCAAAUGGCGAUUGUAGAAGGGCGAUGACGGUAAGAUUCCCAAUUCGGUUUACUUGCUUUCCUGGUGAGAUCUGAUGUGCGUGUCUUUAAGUGUGUCGUUUGGUGUCCUUUGGUAUAUUCUCGUCCGUGUAAUAUUCUCACUCAAACGGUGUGCUCUUAGGCCCAAAUAUGGCUGGGUGGGGGGUAGCUCGGAAGCUGGGAGAUAACGGCAGGGUCUGGUAUGACUUGCUCGAGCGGAAUCUUGCGACCGUCCAGGUGGUAGCUUCGAGUCUGCUCGACGGAUACGUUUUUUUGUUCAACCACUUUUGCUGCAGGAGCACCGCUGAAGAACAGACCACGAGCAAGAUGUAGCUUUGGAUGUUUUCCCACGGGUGGAUACGGCAGAAUCAACGUCUGACAAGCUUCGAGCAGCAGAGGAAUGGAAUUAAUGAAGUCUCCGAACAGGGUUGUUGGCCGUGUCAGCCAUUGGCAUUGACACGAUUUUCUUGGAGUUGCAUCGGCACGUAAGACUUGCCCGGUGGCCCCGUCAUGCCCCACAUCUGUGUCGCACAUUUUUCCCGGUGUGCGGAGAAAAUGUUGAGCGUGUGUACGAGCAAGCAAGUACACGCGCGUCUUUCAAUGAGCAGAGUCAGAAAAUAACCCCG